AUGCCUUUCGAAGUCUUCCUCUUACUUGCCAAAGAGUUGGGCCCUGGCUCCGCCACUUGCCUGGGCUUGACUUGUCGCAAGCUAUACGAUUAUCUCAAGGGAUAUCACCCGAACCCAAUAGACCUGACUUACAAUGUUGAAUGUCUAUAUCAGAUGGAGUUUUCUGAUGAUGGUUGGGGGGAUACAAAGAAAAAAUGGCGGUGUUGGGCUAACAAAUGGUCGGCGAAUUGUAACUUUUUUCUUAAUCAUAAGAAUCACGCGCUGGGUUACAAUCUACAAAAAUGGGUGGGACGCAAAUACUGGUUCGUGGGUUCCGGUACGGGCUAUCCCGGGUUGUCUCGUGUUGUCCUGAAGUCGGUCUACGGUGUUAAGCCGGGGAUGGGAACCUGUAGCCAGAGCGACAACUUUGAUGCUCUGGUUGGACGUUACGAGGAUUGGUAUAGAAUUUCCUGGCGUGAGAGUCCCCACAACCACCGGUCUGUAAUUGGACAGAAGCCGCUUAAAUCCCCACACAAUUUGGGCGGAGAUUGGUAUGACAUGGCGUUGGAAUAUAUCGAAAACGACUUGCGACAUACGAACAAAUUGUCGGACUCUAUAUCGUUCUGGCAGGGAUUCAACAUCUACAAGAGAAAGCGGGAGGAUAUGGACAAGAUUGUUGACGACAUCUUUGUUGGUGUGAUUGCUGAUGGCAUUCAACUUCUGGGAUUAUGA